GUCCUAGCGGAGGGAGGAAAUACUAGUGAUUUCGCUAUACGUCUUCAUUAGUCCAGAGUAUUAAUCUCAGCCAACAAAGCGCAGCUCCACCGUCGUUCCAGGUACGGUACAGUACGUCCAGCGAUACGACGGCGAGGCUGCGAUCUAAUGCGAUGCGCCCCGCCCCGCUGCAUCUCUACACCGGCCAUCAAGCGCUCUUAGGUGCAGUGAUGGCCGGGAUCACCCUCUGGGGCGCGGUGAGCUGGCACACACGCGUGCCUGACUUAGCGGCCCCAUCAGAAGAUGCGAGAUGCGCUGGACGGUGUCGUUGCGUCAAGCCAUUGUUUACCGCCAUAUCGCCGCGACGACGCUGGCGUCGACGGUGUACUGUGACGAGUUGCCCUAUUCGGACUCCUGGACGGUUCGCGGCGUGCGAGAUCGAGACUGAGGUGAGGCGUGCCUGUCCUUUCCAGCCACCCCCAGCCACCCCGUCGAAAGCUCAAGCGAAGAUCGUCGCAACGUCGACGCCCAAAGCCCAACGGACGGGGAAAUCGUGCACAGUUUGUCACGUCACUCUCCUUUUGACUUUUCUCGCUCCUUACGUUGAUUGCGCGCGCAUCCGUUGCUGGAGAAACAAACUAUCCGCUGGAAUUGCCCACGCUGCUGUGGCCUGAUUGAGUUGAGUUGACACAGGGUCUGGACUUGGUGCGACCGACUUGGACUUGCCGAGGCUGGGAAAGAGCUGGAGGCUUGGGAACAUCCCGAACUGCAAGAACGAAAGAGUUUGGAAGACGCUUUUGGGUUGCUGCAGGGCUUCGCAACGGCUCGGGUGACGGUGGAUGCAUGAGGCUUGAGCCGCACGUGGUUGUCUGCGGCAAGCGUAACGACUACCGUGGAUCACCACCACCAUUAACCCAC